CAGCGCACAUAGUAAAUAUUCCCCGUAUUAUAUUUCCCUCCUCUCUCCGCUUCGCUCCAGUCCAGCGGGUGGCGGUAAAACACUUACGUUUGUUUGCCAAACACCAUUAAACCUCAGAUGAAGAAGAUCAGUUAACCGGGCUCUCUGUUUUGUUUUGUUGUGGUGCUAUUUUAAUACAGUCUGUUCGAAAUGUUGUUUCUGUAAAUAUAAAAAUACAGUUUUGGAAUCAGGUCAGUAAAUACCUGUAAUAUUCUGAUCCUCACAGUCGUGACUAAGUUUUGAAGCAAGCAGGAAUAUCUGGAGCAGUAUCAUCUGAACUGAGAUCUGCUGCUGUGAAGAUGGUGUUUGUUAAAGAGGAGAGUGAAGAGAACACGAGUGAACCAGAAACCUGCAGAAUAAAACAUGAGGAACCAGAACCCUGGAGAAUAAAACAAGAGGAACCAGAACCCUGCAGAAUAAAUCACGAGGAGCCAGAACCCUGCAGAAUAAAACACGAGGAACCAGAACCCUGGAGAAUAAAACACGAGGAACCAGAACCCUGCAGAAUAAAACACGAGGAACCAGAACCCUGGAGAAUAACACACGAGGAGCCAGAACCCCAGAGAAUAAAACACGAGGAACCAGAAACCUGGAGAAUAAAACAGGAGGAACAAGGAGAGUUUAUUGAAGAAAGUGAGGAGAACAAAGAAUUGAAUGAAGAUGAUGAGAAAAAUGAUGUCAAAACUGGAGAAAAACCUUUGAGUUGCUCUCAAACUAAACAGAAAGAUUUAAAGAAGAAAUAUUUCGCCUGCACUCAGUGUGGAAAGAGUUUCACAAGCAAAUAUAGUCUUGAUCGUCACAUGAGAGUUCAUACCGGAGAGAAACCUUACACGUGUGAUCAAUGCGGGAAGAGUUUCGCACAAUCAGCACACCUUAAGAAACACAUGAACAUCCACACUGGAGAGAAAAUGUACUCAUGUGAUCAAUCUGAUAAUAACAUUUUGAGCACUUCAGUCCUAAAGAAAUACCUGACAGUUCAUACACAGGAGAAGCCGUAUUCAUGUUAUUUGUGUGGAAAGAGUUUUUCACAUUUUUCAAUUUUGAAAGAACAUCAGAAGAUACACACUGCUGUGAGAGAGUAAAUGUGAUUUGAGUGUGAAGAGACUUUUACUACAGCAACCUGUUUAAAACUGCAUGAGAGGAUUCACACUGGAGAAAAACCUUAUAAGUGUUCACACUGUGACAAGAGAUUCAGUCAGUCAUCAACUCUGAAAACACAUGAGAGGA